AUGGUGAGGUUCGGAGAGCUCCACUACAAUACAGUUUCCACCAGGUCCGAAAUGAAGGGAAAAUAUGUUCUCUACACUCCGCAGGGCACUGCAAGGAAAAACAGCCCCUCCCGCCUGCUCAGCAUCCCGGAGACAGAACUGAAGCCGAGGGAAAAUACUGUCAAGUUAGAAAGAAUAUCAAAGGACUUCCGGCUUAACGUGAAAACUAAAAGCCUCAGUGACGCUCAGGUGAAACCGUGGUCAAAAGUCUGCUGUGGUAGAUAUGGACUGACAAAUCAAACCCCAUACUGAGUAUCUGAGAUAAGACUGUCAGCUGGAGGUGAUGGUGGAGAGGUGAGAGAGGCAGACUUUGGACCCACUUCACUCACUCUUCCUCUUUGCCACCGGCUGCAGCGCCUCGGUUUGUCUCUUUCGCUUGUGGAAAACAUGAAGGUUGAUUUUGCCCCCGUGGAUGUGCCCUUCCAUAGGAGACUACAGACGGCCGCGGUGCUGCAGUGGGUCUAUUCCUUCCUUGGUCUGGCCCCCACCUGCAUCUUCCUGUUCCUUUACCUGCUGUUCACUCGCUUCUGGAUGAUCAGCGUGCUGUACGCCAUCUGGUGGUUCUUUGACUAUGACACACCCUCACGUGGAGGUCGCAGGGUCCCUUUUUUGUGCGGCCUCAAAGUUUGGGAGUACAUGAGGGAUUACUUCCCCAUCAAGUUGGUGAAGACAGCUGACUUGGAUCCCAAGCACAACUACGUCUUAGGCUUCCAUCCCCAUGGCGUGCUGGUGGCAGGAGCCUUUACUAACUUCUGCACCUACGCCACAGGCUUCAGACAGCUGUUUCCUGGCCUCACCAGCUACCUGCUCAUGUUGCCCCUUUGGUUCAGAGCCCCGUUCUUCAGAGACUACAUCAUGUGUGCAGGUCUGAUUCCCUCAGACAAAGAGAGCGCCAGCUAUCCACUCUGCCAACGCAGUGGUGGUAACGCUGUUGUAAUAGCAGUUGGUGGGGCCCCAGAGGCACUUGAUGCUCACCCUGGGAGCUUCAAUGUGCUGUUGGCCAAGAAGAAAGGCUUCAUCAAAAUGGCCAUGGAGCAUGGAGCUCAUCUGGUGCCAGUCUUCUCCUUCGGAGAGAAUGAAUUGUUUGAUCAAGUGGAAAACCCAAGAGGAACAUGGCUUCGAUGGAUUCAGGAACGGCUACAAAACAUCAUGGGCAUUUCCCUGCCUCUCUUCCACGCGCGUGGCAUUUUCCAGUACUCCUUUGGCCUCAUACCCUACAGAAAACCCAUCAGUACAAUAGUUGGACGGCCAAUUAAGGUGGAGAGGAACGUGAAGCCCACAGCUGAGGAGCUUGACGCCCUCCACCAGCUGUACAUGGACGAACUCAGCAACCUGUUUGAGGAGCACAAAGGCAACUAUGGAGUGGACAAGGACACACACCUGAUCUUUGUCUAA